AGACUCCUCAACGUCUGGUGCAUCCUUCCAACGGGUCGCGCGCGAGCCACGCACGUGCCACACCGGCCAUGAGCGUGCCGAAAGGGCAUUGGUUUCAUUACGUGUCGGUGGCGGGCAACUUGCAUCCCUUGGAGAGCUUGGUGGUGUAUGCUCUUGGCCUCGGCAUUUGGAUGGCACCACCCGAGUUGAAGACGCUCUUCUACACGAAUUGCUGGGUGCAGGCGGCCUUGUUUCUGCCAUUUGUUCAGUUGCCGGUGGCCCUGACCGGUCACAUGGCCUAUGUUGACAUUGCCUGGCCCAGUGGACUGGUGGCCAUUGCACUGGUGGCAUUUCUCAAUGGGUCUGGCUUCUGGCCACGGCGCUGGUUGAUGUCUGCUUGCUACCUCUUGCAUGGUGGCCGCAUGGCCCUGGGCGCCCUGGUGAUGUUUGGCCAGUCGACCAACUUCACCUACCGCUUCGCCGAAGACUUGCCUCGCUAUCGCUAUGCGAAGCACAAGUGGUCCCAGAUCGACGGCAUGCCGGAAAGCCAUUGGUGGCUAAAGAUGCAGCAAGAAACCUUGGGCCAGGGCUUCUCCAAUUCCGUGUUGCUGUGCGUGCCCGCCUUCCUGACCGUCAGCAACCCGGCGGAAGGUCUACAUCUCUUGGAGUGGAUGGGACUGGGCAUCUGGCUGGGUGGAUGGAUGUUCGAAAGUGCUGCAGACCUCCAGAAGAUCUCCUUCAUGGAGGAGCAACAACGCCUUCGCCGUGAAGGUCUGAAUCCGGGAUCCCCGGCCACCUUGGGCCUGGCACCCUGUGACAGGUACUUCUUGUGGACGCUUUGUCGUCAUCCGAACUAUUUUGGUGAAUGGACGGCGUGGCUGGGCCUGGCCAUCGCGGCGUUGCCCUCUUUGACUUCGGAGCCUUUGCAGGGUCAUGUGCUGGCGAGGCUGGUGUAUCUCUUAGCGAUCCUUCUGAUUCCUCGCUUGUUGUAUGAUUGCUUGGUGCAUUGGACCGGAGCGGGUCCCGCGGAACAUUUCAGCGUGAAGAAACGACCCAACUACAUGGUCUAUCAGAAGGAAGUGCGUUGCUUCUUCCCCUUUCACGUGCCCUUGGUGGAUCAUCACCAGCAGGAAGGAUGGCCAAGCUUCGAGGUAUCCUAGAGUCGUAGAGUGACGGCCUCAAAAACGUCUCGAUCGGGUUUUGAAUGCAGAGGUGGCGC